AUGCCAUCCAAUGACUUUGUCCGAACUGUAUCACGCAACUUCCGAGUGCUUGUGAUCGGUGGCUCUUAUGGCGGUCUAUCUGCUGCAUUAACCCUCAUUGAUCUCUCGCAAGGUCGUCUCCCGCGUUUCAACUGUAAUCCCGAUGCCAAAGCUCCUACACAUCGUAUUCCGAUACAGAUAACUGUAGUCGAUAAGCGAGAUGGCUACUUUCACCUGAUCGGAUCCCCAAAGGCCCUAGCCUGUGAAAAGUUCGCGCCCGAGGCAUGGACUCGUUUCCAAGAUAUUCCCGGGCUCAAGUGCCCAGAACUCAAAUUCAUCCAGGGAAGCGUCAGCUCGGUGGAUUUCAAUGCUAAAGUUGCCAAUAUUGUCGAUGCGGAGACCAACAGUAACCGCACGGAGCCCUAUGACUACUUGAUUGCAGGCUCCGGGCUGCGUCGGUCUUUCCCCACUGUUCCCCAGUCCCUGUGGCGAGAUGAGUUCCUCAAAGAGGCUAGACAACAUAUGACGGAUGUGAAGGAAGCCCGUGAGGGUGUGGUUAUUGUUGGUGGAGGCGCCGUGGGCGUGGAGAUGGCUGCCGAAUUGAAAAUCCUUAACCCAGACCAGAAGAUCACUCUGAUCCACUCUCGAAAGCGCUUGUUAUCUUCGGAGCCGUUGCCCGAUGAAUUUGCCGAGCGCGUAGGUACUAUAUUGCGCGAUACAGGCGUCGAGGUUAUCCUAGGACAACGCGUUAUCGAAACGACCGCUGUGGACGGUAAAAAUGGGACACGGACCUGGGAUCUCACACUCAGCGAUGGCCAAAAGCUCAGAACGGGCCAUGUUCUAAACGCCGUCUCCCGAAGCGUUCCAACAUCGACAUAUCUGCCGAAAGAGGUGUUGAAUGAGGAGGGAUACAUCAAAGUGCACCGCUCACUACAAUUCUCCGGUGCCGUCCCUAACGCAGAGCAUCAUUGGGCAGUAGGAGACCUCACUGAGUGGGAAGGCAUUAAGCGCUGUGGUGGUGCAAUGCAUAUGGGCCAUUACGCGGCGAUGAAUAUCCACCAGCAUAUGCUGGCAGAGUGCACCGGUGGAAAGCCAGAGUAUCAGACCUUGGAGCCGUUCCCGUCUGUAAUGGGCCUCGCUCUCGGCAAAACGGCCGUCAGUUAUAUCCCGAGCGAGGGCACACGCGAUGGCGAAGAUCUGAUGAAGAGCUUGUUUGGCAAGGACAUGGGACAUACGAUUUGUUGGAACUAUAUGCGCCUCGGUGAGGCAUGCAAGGCGUGA